AUGCCCACCGGCCGAUUGAAGCUUGCCGAUUUCGGCUGCGCAAGCCAGGUGCCGGAGCAUGGACUCUUUUUUGGUAGAGCCGGCUCCUUCAAGAGCUGGGCACCUGAGGUCCAUGCACUCUCCAGCGGCUACAACGCUGGCUACGGUGGAAAGAGCGCAGACAUUUGGUCCGGUGGCAUUUGCUCCCAUGAGCUGAUUUGUGGGCGGUACCCCUUUCGAGGGAGGACACCGCGGGAAACCAGGCAGGGUAUAACCACCAACCAGAUGAAGAACAAGAUAUUAGCUGGGCCAGAUCCAGCAGAUCGGCCAGAUCCAGCAGAUCCUGACCUGAAUGGGUCUCGUUUUCGAGGCAUCCUGGAAUGA